AUGCAGGUUCCAGUUACAGUAUUGAAUGCUAGCACGAAGCGGGAGACAGGGAAGAAGGCACAAUUUGCAAAUAUUGCCGCCGCUAAGGCUGUUGCGGACAUCAUCCGCACAACGCUUGGGCCGCGUUCCAUGUUGAAGAUGCUCCUAGACCCCAACGGCGGCAUCGUGUUGACGAACGAUGGGCAUGCCAUCCUGCGUGAAAUUGAUGUGUCUCACCCAGCGGCAAAGUCGAUGAUCCAGCUUAGCCGGACCCAAGACGAGGAGGUGGGCGACGGCACCACAUCCGUUAUUAUUCUUGCCGGUGAGAUGCUGCAGAUGGCGGAGCCUUUCCUGGAGAAGAACAUCCACCCGACCGUGAUUGUGCGUGGAUUUGCACGAGCGCUCGAGGACUCGGUGAAACUUAUCGACCAGCUAGCCUUUCCUAUCGAUACAGAGAAUCGGCAGCAGAUGCUCAACGUUGUCAACAGCUGCAUUGGCACCAAGUUCACUCACCGCUUCGGCACGCUCAUGGCGGAGCUGGCCCUCGACGCCGUCCGGACAGUGACGGUGGAUCUGGGCGGUGGCGCCAAGGAAAUCGACAUUAAGAACUACGCCAAAGUGGAGAAGAUUCCCGGAGGGACAAUCGAGGACUGCAGAGUACUCAAGGGUGUCAUGUUCAACAAGGACGUGGUGGUUCCGGGGCGCAUGCGGCGGCGCAUCGCCAACCCGCGUAUCCUGCUGUUGGACUGCCCCUUGGAGUACAAGAAGGGCGAGAACCAAACCAAUGUGGAGCUCACCAAGGAGGAGGACUGGGCGGCCCUUCUGAAGCAGGAGGAGGAGCAGAUUCAGCGCCAGUGUGAGCAAAUCCUGGCCUUCAAGCCCGACGUUGUCAUUACGGAGAAGGGCCUUUCAGACCUGGCGGCACAUUACCUCACCAAAUCGGGUGUGUCCGCCAUCCGCCGGCUGCGCAAGACGGACAAUAACCGCAUCGCACGGGCGUGCGGGGCCACCAUCGUGAACCGGACCGACGAGAUCCGCGACUCGGACAUCGGCACUGGUGCUGGUCUGUUCGAGGUGGUUAAGAUUGGUGACGAGUUCUUCACCUUCAUCGUGGACUGCCAGGCGCCGAAGGCCUGCACGGUGCUGUUGCGGGGAGCCACCAAGGACAUUCUGAACGAGGUGGAGCGCAACUUGACAGAUGCUAUGGGCGUGGCGCGUAACAUCUGCCUGGACCCGCGGCUGGUUCCCGGAGGGGGCGCCUGUGAGAUGGCCAUUAGCCACGGCUUGGCUGAGCGCGCCGCAACGGUCGAGGGUGUGGAGCAGUGGCCAUACAAGGCAGUAGGCGUUGCGAUGGAGGUCAUUCCGCGCACGCUCGCCCAGAACUGCGGCGCCAAUGUCAUCCGCACGCUCACGAAGCUGCGCGCCAAACACGCCGAGUCGCCAGGGUGCAGCUGGGGUAUUGACGGCGAGACGGGCGAGGUCAAGGACAUGAAGGAGCUGGGCGUGUGGGAGCCGUAUCAGGUCAAGGCGCAGACUAUCAAGACCGCCAUCGAGAGCGCUCAGAUGCUGCUGCGAAUUGACGACAUCGUGUCGGGUCUGUCCAAGAAGGACCGGGGAGGUGCACCAGGGCCCCGCGGGGGCGCGCCGGAUGUGGAAGACCACGAUAACGUGGAUAGCGAGCGGAUGCUGGCGGAGUAG